UUUCCAAUCAGCGUUGAGAACAGUCGUGUCUUUUGAAUAUUAAUGAAUGGUUACACCAAUCACAACGUGGGUUCGUUUCACAGAAGAGUGUUUAGUUGCGCGUUCUCCAUCAGCAGCAUAAAACUUUGUGUCUAUUAGAGUUUGCGCUCAUGGCGAAGGUGACUUGCUGGUGGUUGGACGUUACCUGCGUCUUGAUGGAUUCUUAAAACGGAGACUUAAAAGCGUCGUUUGUGGAUUACAGGUGCUACAUAUUAGAUGCAGUGGACCGGCAUGAAUCGUCUUUGUCAAAACGUUCAGUUCGGGACUUGUUAAAUGAAGUGGACAUGGAUAAUACCGGUUGUGGGAUACAUGCAGUUCAUCAUUUAUUCCUUAUAUGGCUCUCCGUUUACCCUUUGUGCUCUCAGGGAAGUUGGAUGCCGACAGGAGAGGAGAACCGCUUCUGAUCUUUGUGUCACACUGCUCCGCAUCACAGGUGGUUGGGCAUCACAUCUGUAGGAGUGCCCGAGAAGUUGGGUUGCGCGCAUUUGCCCCUGUCGCACAAGCAGAAGGAGCUGUGCGCGCGCAAACCGCAUCUUCUACCGAGCGUUAAAGAGGGCGCGCGCCUGGGCAUCACCGAGUGCCAAACUCAGUUCAGACACGAACGCUGGAACUGCUCGACCCGACGGGACCCGAACGUGUUCGGCUACGAGCUCACGAGCGGGACUAAAGAGACAGCGUUCAUCCAUGCAGUAAUGGCUGCCGGCCUGGUUCAUGCAGUCACCCGCUCUUGCAGUGCAGGAAAUAUGACAGAGUGUUCAUGUGACACAAGCCUGUUGGGCAGCGGGUCGCCCACCGAGGGCUGGCAUUGGGGCGGCUGCUCUGAUGACAUCGCCUUCGGGACUUCAUUCAGCCGCCGCUUUAUUGACAGUGCAGCGAAAAACACCUCGACCCGUGGUGAGGAGGCCCUGCUCAUUAUGAAGCAGCAUAACAGUGAGGCUGGGAGACAGGCGGUGGCCAAAACAAUGUUGACAGACUGCCGCUGUCAUGGCGUAUCGGGUUCAUGUGCGGUAAAGACGUGUUGGCGCACAAUGGCUGCAUUUGAGCGUGUGGGCGCCUACCUGAAGGAUCGCUAUGAAACCAGCGUUCAUGUUGUGGACCGUUCCAAACGUAAGGUGCGACGCAAGGAUAAAGAGCAACGCCAUGUGCCUAUCACCAAAGAUGAGUUAAUCUUCUUCAACAAAUCGCCCAAUUAUUGCUUGGAGGACCGGCGGCUGGGCGUGACGGGGACCAGGGGCCGCAAGUGUAACAGAACUUCGGCCGGGCCCGACGGCUGCAACCUGCUGUGCUGCGGACGGGGAUACAACACACAUGUGGUGCGACAUGUAGAGCGCUGCGAGUGUAAGUUCGUCUGGUGCUGUUAUGUUCGCUGCAGACGCUGCGAGACAAUGAAUGACAUGCACACCUGCAAGUAAAGCAGCGACUUCGGGCGAGGUUGAAGGAUCUCGUGAGAGGAAAUGGACCUUCUUUGUGCUGUCAGCCUAUACAAACAAGCAUGUUGACGAAAUAUCCAACCGGCAAUACGUAGCUGAAUCCAUAAAGAAAUGGUAUAAUCCUUUUUUAAGUACACAUGCAUAACUCUUCCCAUGGGUUUCCAUUGGGAGUCAAGCCAUUUUGUAUAUAAUGACUGUGGAAUAAACUGGAGCAUAAAGGGAAUUCAAAUACUGGGAAUUGCAGAGGAAAAGUGUAAAUACUUUAGAUAACUCUGUUUGGAUUUUUUACUGAAGGCAUGUUCGGAUAAAGAGUUAGCUGACCUUAAAAUGAAAAGUUUGUCAAAAUUAGUCUUUCCAACUCACCUCUUCACUUUUUCCCAACCCAAAUCUUCAUUAAAAAAUUAUUAAAAGUAGGAUCACUCAAACAUUUCGUAAAUAAAAACUAUUAUUCAAUUCAGUCAUUAUUCAAUUAAAGUUCCGAGCAGUUCCUAUUAUUUAAUUAAAGUUCCAAGCAGCUUUACAAAAGGUGUUCAUCAUUAAAUUACAGUCAAAAUCAGAAAAUAUAAACCGCUUAAAGGUGAGUGACAGAAUUUUCAUUUGAUGGCAAACUAACCCUACAACGAUCAAUUCUAGUGGGAAUUGUGUUGAUAAUAUGCCAAGAUAUUUUUGAUAUAAUGUUUUAUAGGUUCCAAAUAAGAAAUCAUUGAAUAAAUAAUACCCAAAGAAUGCUUUCUGCAGUUUUGGCAUUAUAUUUUCAUGAUUUAUAUGUACAUAUUCAAUUCUGAACAAUGGAUAUAUGUGAUUACGCCUUAUUUCUGAGACUGAAAAAACAGAAAAAAGUUUUUCAGAGACAUUCUUUUAAGGCGUAAAUGCAUAUGCUGAAGAAACAAAAACAAUUAAGCUUGGAUAUUAAUUGUAGUGUCAUUGAUUUGAGAUAUAUAUGAAUGGUUAAGAUGCAAAAACCUAAAAAUGCCAUCUGAAAAUUGCCUUCUAAUAUUAGCAUUUUUUUGUGUGACUUGAUUCAGUAAUUUCACUUUUAUGGCAAAGAAGAGAAUAUGUCUAUCGCUUUUAACAUGAAAUAACUCAACAUAAACAUAAAAAUGCUCAUUCUAGAAGCAAAUUACAGAUGGCACUUAGAGGUUUUGAAUCUGAACUCUUCAUAUUUCAAAUUACAAAUCAAGGUUUCCACUUUGUAUUUCUUGUGAGCGUUAUGUGAGUCUCGUUUCCUCUUUAGCGCUAAUCCCCCAUGCACACAGACCUCUGAAAGCGUAAUGCUUUGCUAGAAGUAACAGAGUUGUGCCAAAUACCAUGGCUGUAUUCUCUUUAAAGACCCUUAAAUGCUAAUGCAAGUGGCUCUUUUAUGCAGCCACAUUCCAAGCAACAGGACGGUGACAAUUUACAGCAGUGUUCGCAGAACAUAUCAGAGAUCUUCUCUCGUGUGACAGACGAAUAAAAAAACAAGUUCUAUGACUUCUUGCACAUGCUAGCAAAUCUAUUAAAUCGGUGGAAAAUCUCACUCAUGUUGGGUUUCGUGAUUUUACUCUGAAUGUCUGCUUGUUCAUUCUCAUGUGGUUGUAUUUACCGCUGAGUGGAUGUUGCAUCAAGCUUUCUUAAAAACAGUUUUUUUUUCUGUCCAAGUGAAAUCACUUUAGAUUAUUGUCUACAUUGGCUCUCAAUAAAUAACUCCCUUUUGGAAA